AUGGUCUCCGCCGGCGGCCACAGAUUAUAUGUGAAGGGCAAGCACCUCUCCUACCAGCGAGGCAAGCGCAACACGAACCCAAACACAUCGCUACUCAAGAUCGAAGGUGUCGAUGACACGAAUGCUGCAAAAUUCUACCUGGGCAAACGCGUUGCAUAUGUCUACCGUGCUUCGGCAGAACGACAAGGCAGCAAGAUCCGCGUGAUCUGGGGAAAAGUCACCCGCCCUCACGGCAACAGCGGCAUCGUGCGCGCCAAAUUCCGACAUAACCUCCCACCCAAGAGUUUCGGCGCGGGCGUGCGGAUCAUGCUUUAUCCCAGUUCGAUAUGA